UUCUCUGUUAAUUUCCCACCAAUUCUCUCUCUUGCUGUCUCUCUCUAUCUCUCUUCUUGUUCAAUGUUGAGCUCUCCACAACUCCAAGGAAGCCCGAAAUAUGACUAUUGAGAUAAUGAUACUCACGUCCCACAUUCUUCAGUCCCUUUGCUUCGACCCAACUCCACCACCCCAAAUGCCGUCCGUGAAAAUUUUCUUUCCUUCUCAGAAUCUUUUUUAGUAUUUGUUUUUUUUUUUUUUUUCCCAUUGUUUUUUAAACCAGCAAGAAAACAUUUUUCUUUUCUACUUCAAGAAUAGGCCUUUUUCAUUGCCAGCCAUGACUGAUGUCCUCAACCUCAACCAUUCCCCAUCCCAUUUCUCCGAUUCUUCUUCUUCUCCUACAAGAGUCUCUUCCCCUACUUCUUCCUUAUCCUGCGUACCCCCUCAAAAUGAGGACAUCGAUCACUCUGACUGUGACUCACCCUCUUCCUCUGUAGCUGAGGGCAGCGAUUUUACAGCGACUGGCUGUGAGGCAGAGGAGGAACGUGACAAACGGAGAAGGGAUCAGUUGUCUUUGUUGGCAUUGCUGGUGGCCAUUUUCAGGAAAUCUUUGAUUGCUUGUAAGAAUACUGACAGGAGGGAGCUCUGUGCCAUGGAGAUCGGGUGGCCCACUGAGGUGCGCCAUGUCGCGCAUGUUACCUUUGAUAGGUUUAAUGGAUUCUUGGGAUUGCCUGUGGAAUUUGAACCUGAGGUGCCCAGGAGGUCUCCCAGUGCCAGUACUACCGUCUUCGGAGUUUCCACAGAAUCCAUGCAGUUGUCAUUUGAUUCUAGAGGGAAUAGCGUGCCAUCCAUUCUCUUGCUAAUGCAAAAAAACUUGUAUGCACUAGGUGGCCUGGAGGCGGAAGGCGUUUUCAGAAUCACUGCAGAAAAUAGUCAAGAGGAGUUUGCCAGGGAUCAACUGAAUAGAGGAGUGGUACCAGAAGGCAUUGAUGUACAUUGUUUGGCGGGACUUAUCAAGGCUUGGUUUCGGGAACUCCCAACUGGGGUUUUGGAUUCCCUAUCACCCGAGCAGGUCAUGCAAUGCCAGACAGAAGAGGAUUCUGCUGAACUUGUGAGGCUUCUACCCCCAACUGAAGCUGCUUUACUGGAUUGGACCAUCAACUUGAUGGCUGAUGUUGUGCAAGAGGAACAUCUGAACAAGAUGGAUGCACGCAACAUUGCUAUGGUUUUUGCACCAAACAUGACUAAGAUGGCAGAUCCUUUGACUGCCUUGAUGUAUGCAGUCCAGGUGAUGAACUUCCUCAAGACCCUGAUCUUAAAAACGUUAAGAGAAAGAAAAGAUUCUAUGGUGGAGCCUUAUUCUGCUAGCCCUUUAGAUCCUUCUGAUGAGAAUGGACACUGGGGCGCUUCACAAACCUGCCUGGAAGAUAUUAACUUAGAGAAUGAUGAGAUAGAGCAAGCAUUCAUUGCUGAAGAACCUGCUUCUGAAAUUUCCCUCAACUCUAAUAAAAACAAUAACACGAUUGACCGAGCCGCUGAAAGUUUAUUGACUUCUUCUGAGAAACUAAACUCUGAUGGAAAUGGCUUUUUUGAUACUCCAGCCCAAGUUGAAACUUCCAUUACCAAAACCGAAGGUGGCGAAAUCAAUGGUGCAAUAGCUGUAGUUCAAGAUAAUGCAGGAAAGGUAAAGACUGGUCAAUCAAGUAAUUCGAUUUUUGGAAAGGGGCCAAGGAAAAAAUGUGGUCUGCAACCUGUAGUUCCUGGAACCACGUCUGUUGAGAAGACCAGGGGAAUUAGCAAUCUGAGUCGCAUAGACUCAAGGAUAGAGCGGUUCGAAGCCUGGAGGUGAAGGAAACUCAACAGCAGUUGGGCUACAAUUGAUUCUAUUGUAGUUCAGUGUAAGUCUGGUUGAUUUGGAAUUUAGGGAAAGUUUGUGAAUUGCUCAUUGUAUGUUGUUUGUAUUGUUGGGUGGUUUGCUUGACCUGUUCUGAUUUCAUGGAGAAAACUUACUUAUUCUCAUACUAACACUGUUACUGUUGUUUCAUUUAUGUGGUUUCUUGGGUUUGUUUA